AUGGAACCCGAGGGAAGACAGGUAGUGGACAGAGGCGGCUCUCCUGCUGCGGACGAGACCUCGCCCCUCUUGCAGCAGCGUGCCGACGAGUCUGCCUCUCCCUCGCUGGCCGAGAAGUCGGAGCUCUGGCUUCUGCUGGAGUAUUCGCUUCCACUUAUCGCCACCUAUUUCCUCCAGUACUCCUUCACUGUCAUCACGACGCUCGUCGCCGGGCAUCUCAGCUCCGAUGAUCUCGCGGCCACCAGUAUAGGCCUGACGACCGUGAACAUCAUUGGACUGGCUACCUUUGAGGGAAUGGCAACCGCGCUCGACACGCUCUGUGCCCAAUCAUACGGCUCGGGCAACUUCCACGGCGUCGGUCUGCAUGUUCAACGCAUGCUGGUGCUCAUGACUCUUGCUCUUAUUCCAAUUGGCUCGGUUUGGAUCUGCUCCCCAUGGAUUCUCCCGCUGUUUGUCAAGCAAGAGCAUCUCGCCCUCAAGGCCGGUUCUUUCCUUCGCGUGAGCUUGGUCGGUCUCCCCGGAUACGCCUCCUUCGAAGCAUUGAAGCGCUUUCUUCAAGCUCAAGGUGACUGCAAUGCGGGCUUGGUUGUCUUGAUCUUGUGCACGCCAGUCAAUGCUUUCCUCAGUUGGCUAUUCGCAUUCAAGUUAGGAAUGGGACUUGAGGGAGCCGCCCUGGGCGCUGCACUUGCGAACGACCUUCGCCCUAUCCUCCUGAUCCUUUACAUCAAGUUCUUCGCGAAGUGGUCACAUCGGUGCUGGGGUGGUUUCUCCCGUGAUGCCUUCAAGAAUUGGGGCCAAAUGCUCCGGCUCUCAACCGCUGGUUCCGUCGUAAAUCUAGGGGAGUGGUUUGCCUUUGAAGUUGUCACCUUCAGCACCUCUUACAUCAGCGUCGAGCACCUGGCUGCUCAAACGAUUUUGACGACUCUGUCUGUUGUCAUGUGGCACAUACCUUUCUCGGUCAGCGUUGCCAUUAGUAUUCGGAUAGGUCAUCUCAUUGGCGCCGGACAGGUGGCGCCAGCUCGGCGAGCUGCCGCAUUAUAUGCGGGAGUUUUCACUAUGAUCGGCAUCGUUGACGCAGUUGUGAUGGUCUUGCUGAGGAACGAACUUCCUAAGAUCAUAUCAGACGAUACAUAUGUUCGCACCAUUGCUACGGAGGCCAUGGUGACGGUUGCUGCGUCCCACAUUUUCGACUCCAUCAACUGUGGUGCCAAUGGAAUGCUUCGUGGCCUAGGACGACAAUCCGUCGCGGCCUGGAUAAUCUUCCCCGUGAACUACCUUGGCGCAGUGCCGUUGGCAAUCUGGCUCGAACUGGGUUCUCCUGCUUUGCAAUUACACGGGGUUUGGGUUGGGCUCGCGAUCGGAUUAAUCGUCACAGCUGCUACUGAGUGCGUGUACAUGAAGAUAAUACGAUGGCAGGAUUGCGUGGAAAGUGCCAAGGCUGAGGCUAUGUAG